UGUUCGGUCCUGAGGCUGCAGCUGCUCCAGUUCAGUCUCCGGUUCCUCUGGCUGAGUUGAAGGUUUCUGUCUUCAUGUCUGUGGAACAAACUCACCCCACGGACGAACUUCCUUCCUCUGAAAAAUGAGUCCGGUUUGGUGUCUUCUGCUCCCGGUCCUGGUCCUGGUUCUGAUUCUGUGCCCCGCGGAGCUCCGGGAGCUUCGGUCCGAGCUGGAGCAGCAGCCGGAGGAUGCGGACGAAGCGGCCGCGAAGGCGUCCGUGUCCCCGGAGAGGAGCCCCGUUGAGAGGGUCGCCCGAGGAGCCAAGGGCGGCGGGUCCCGGAGGAGGGACGAUGACCCGGGCGGAUACUUCACCACCCCGAGGGCCGUCCGGCGCACCGCGGCUCCUCCGGGUAACGGCUCCUCGACCUCCCGGGGCCAGGGGCUCCUGAACCCGCUGUUCCCGGUGACCGACGGCUCGUACCUGGCCUACACCGUCAUGCUGCUGGCGCUCGUGCUGUUUGCCGCCGGCAUCGUAGGGAACCUCGCGCUCAUGUGCAUCGUAUGGCACAGCUUCUACCUGAAGAGCGCGUGGAACUGCGUGCUGGCGGGCCUGGCCUUCUGGGACUUCCUCGUGCUCUUUUUCUGCCUGCCGGUGGUCGUGUUCCACGAGCUCACCUUGACGCGGUUGCUAGGAGACCUGUCCUGCAAGCUCGUGCCCUACCUGGAGGUGACCUCUCUGGGCGUGGCCACCUUCAGCCUCUGUGCUCUGAGCAUCGAUCGGUUCCACGCCGCCACCGGUCCUGGACCCCACCAGACCCCGAAGGUGGAACCCUGCCAGUCCAUCCUGUCCAAGCUGGCCGUGAUCUUCGUGGGCUCCAUGGUGCUGGCGGCUCCAGAGCUGCUGUUGUGGCAGCUGCUGCAGGAGACCGUCAGUCUGCCGGCGCUGCCCACCGAGCUGCAGCAGAACCAGGCCUCUGGCUCGCUCAUGGCCGCCUUCAGAGCCCAAACCGACGCCUUUAAGGUGGACGUCUGCGUCCGUGAGCCAUCGGCGGAGCUUCCAGAGAGCAUCUACUCCCUGGUGCUGACCUACCACGAGGCCCGCAUGUGGUGGUUCUUCGGCUGCUACCUCUGCAUGCCACUGCUCUUCACUCUGGCCUGUGACUUGGUGACGCGACACGUGUUAGCGCAGCGGCUACCAGCUAGCAGUGAGAAGGUGACGGUGCGAUACUCCUCCACUUUGUCCUCGUCCUCCUCCACAUCGAUGAAGAAGAAGCAGCACAUGAGGCAGCAGAGGCUUCGCUCCACCGUCAUGGCGCUCACCCUCCUGUACGUUGCCUGCAACCUCCCAGAGAGCGUCUGUAACAUUACCCUGGCGUAUGUCUCCGUCCCGGUGUCGGCCGCCCUGCCGCCUCUGACUCUGCCUGCACUCGGGCUGAUUGGUCAGUUCCUGCUAUUUGUGCGUUGCUCAGCGACGCCGGUGCUGCUGCUUUGUUUGUGCCGCUCGCUGGGUCAGGCCUUCAUGGACUGCUGCUGCUGCUGCUGCGAGGAAUGCCUUCCCGACGGAAACUCCUCCUCGUCCUCCGCUGCCUCCACCGCCGCCACCUCCACGCUCUCCUCGCCCACCUCGCCUUCGCCAUCCUCGCUGUUGCCGUCCGGUAAAGAGGAGGCGGUGAAGAGUGUGUUGACAGAAGUAGCAGCGUUCAACAGAGCAAUAGACUCUCCAGCAGCGAUUGGGACGCCGUGCUGAUCCAGAACUGUUAAAUCACACUACAGGGUUUAUUGCAACUGGGUUUGUUUUGGUAGUUUCAUCCAACUUUUCUCUGAACUAGUAAAAGCAUCCAAACAGCACCAAUGCAUCACCUGGUCACAACCCAUACGGAAAAUUGUGCGAUAAGGUUCUAAUGUCAGCUUUGUCCAAGUUGAAACCAGAUGAUUUUAUCGAUUGUCUGAAAUAUUUGACUAAGGGCGUCUUUCUACCUUAGUGGCACUCAAAGCGCUUCACAAUGUUUCUCAUUCAUUCACACACCAGUGGCAACAGAACUUUCAUGCAAGGUGCUGCCGGCCAUCAGGAGCAACCUGGGGUUCAAUAUCUUAUCCAAAGACACUUUGGCAAGCAGAGGAGUGGAGGAUUGAACCGCCAACCUUGCGAUUUGUGGCCAGCCUGUACCACCACCUGAGCCACAGCCGGCCUUUUUAUAAGUCUUUUAUAUUGUAGAAAGCAAAACUGCAAUCACUGUUUACCCUUGCUUCUUUCUUCAGCCGUAGGACUGCGUUAACCAUCGUGAUUGAAUGUCGUACUAUUUCUUUUUCCCUGGUUUAUUCGGUUUCUCCUUUCAACCCGAACCUGAAGGAAAAACUCAGGCUUUCAACCAUUAUAGCUGCCCCUGCUCUGGAAAAAAAAUAAUCAUCAUCCACUCAUACCACAUGAAAUUCUAAUUCAUACACUCCCGUAUUUUGAAAGUGACUUAAAUCAUAACAUAACGUUUGCUACACUACGCUUCCUUUAUAAUCAUUGAAAGUGGCCGCAUCAGCACAUAAGUGGUAUGUAAACACAGCGGAAACAGAAAACAGUCUUCUGGUUUAUGUGCAGCCUCAGCAGUGAUGUGGGCAUCUUGGUGAAGAUGGAGCUCAGAUAGAAGGUAAAGCCUCGAUUUACCAGUCGGUCCAUGUUCCAACUCUAGUGACAGAAAGAAAAUAAGGUUCGGAGAUACAAGCAGCUGAAAUAACUUUCCUCAUCCUCAGAGAUCAGGUGAGAAGCUCGAACACCUAACACGCAAAUUUUUCCUCACUGUAGACUCAUUUUUCAGUCGCUGCUUCUUCAGCUGAGGUGGUUCAACAUCUGGUUCAGCUUCUCCAGAGUAGCUUCAUUUGGAGGUGUUCAGCUAGUUGGAGAUCCUGGGGUAGAAGCAGAACUCUCUCGGGGGGUUUUAUGUAUCCCAGGACAGAUGAGAUAUAUAUAUAUAUAUAUAUAUAU